UCGGCAUGGACCGUCAGUACACUCUCUGCAUACUACCGGCACAUCAGUACCGUAACUACGUGGACAAUUACCAUCAUCAUCAGCAACAGCAGGCGCAAAAGCAGCAACACAGAAGUUUGCAACCUCCAACAUAUCUUCAGUAUCAACAGCAACGCUUGAUUCAGCAGCGGCAGCAACAGCAGCAGCAAGAGCAGAUCUACGAAAACGUCGUAUCGCAAUACCGCAUGAGGAUGUGCUAUCAUAAUGAUUACGAGAACGACGAGCAGAUACAGAGAUUCUACUGGGAGCAGUGUUACCAGCGCGACGAUACCGACACUACAGCAUAUUACUACUGCGAAUAUGCAAAGAAGGAGAUCUAUGACAUAAAACAUCAGAGGCUUUGCCUGGCGCAGGAUGAGUACAAUCACCUCAAUAAUGCCUUAACCACCCUUGGCGCAUCGCGUACAAGUUUGUGUUCCAGCUCGAGUUCCUUGAGCACCAAAUACGACCCUGACCUGCUUAAAUCGGACGUGGCACUCGCGAGGAGCCGAGUUUCUCGACUAAAACGAGAACUCGAGCAGAUUCGAGCGGAGAUGAAUUGCACGCAACGAGGAGUGGAUACUCUCGCCAGUGUGGAACAAAAAUUGAGCAACCAUCAUGGUGGAUGCUACAACAUCAUGGAGGCGCAGGCGAUCAUGACGGAGCUCCGCAACAUCCAGAAGUCCUUGAGUUCGGGCGAGAAAGAGAAGGCUGAGUUGAUGCAAUCGCUCGCGCAAUUAAAGGACGAACUAACAAGGUUGCAACUAUGCGAGGGCAGUCCGGAAGCUAGCACGCUCAGCUUGCCGCAGGAGAAGCUCAGCACAGCCUCCCAGACCGAUCUCUCGGGUGAGCUGGUACCGAUUGGCACCCGGCUGGCCGAGAUGGCGCGUAUGAGGCUGCAAUACGAUGAGGCGAGAAAACAGAUCCAGCAUAUACAACAGCAGUUGGCUGAUCUCGAGGAAAAGGUGACGCCGGGUCAAACCGAGAGUGAUAAGGACAAGCUGCUACUAUUCCAGGAGAAGGAACAAUUGCUGAGGGAAUUACGUAGCAUCACGCCGCGCACGAGGACGCAACAGGACAUGAAGAAGAUCCAGUUGGAGAUUCGCAGGCUUGAACAGGACCUUAAUACCGCCUUCGAGCUUUCGAACAAAACCAUUACCGAUCGCGUACGACUCCACGAAGAGAAGCAACUGUUACUGCAGCAACUCAGGAAUGCGCUGCGCUCGAUGGCGAUGUUGGAGGGCCAGUUGAAAACUUUGAGCGCUAGCACAUUGUCAGUGAGCAGCAGUUCCAGUCUCGGAAGCCUCAGUACGACGAGCAGCAAGGGUUCCCUCAGUUCCGGGCUCAGUUUCACGGACAUUUACGGUGGUCCGCAGUGUUUGGGAUCGGUUAGUUCGCAACAGGAACGACCAGUUGAUAUGGUUGACCUUCACAGACGCGUCGAGAGACUGUUGCGUGGUUCCGAACAAAGCAAUCUCGUCGGCACACCCUCACCCGGCAGAUCACAGCCCAGUCUCUCCCCAAGAUCGAGUCUGUCCAGUGUAAGCCCGCCCGUGUCGCCGUUGUACGAAAACGCGCCGAUGGGUCCGCCGCCCGCUUACGAUCAGGUGGAGCAACAGAGAAGGCAAUAUCAGAGAGCAACACCUGCAGCGAUGGUAACGACAACGGCGAUGGCGACAGGGAUUAGUGGUGCUGUCGCGUCGCACUUGGACGGGAAUCACCUGGAAGACCGUUUGUCGGAAUUCAGGCUGAGUCAGCAGCAAGGAGUAGCGUCGCAGCAAGAACAGUCGUGCUCUGUCAAUUCGCAGGAUCGUCUGAAACUCGUGGUCGGUCCCCAUCCACCCGUCGAACUGCAAUCGAGUAACAUGUCCCAGGGUAGCGGCCUGGGCAGGCCUGGCGCGAGUGGCGCGCAACUGCAAUUGCAGCAGCCACCGUCCUUGCCGCAGGAGCCACCUCCCUUGUCGCCGAUCAGCGAGACGCCACCGCCUACUGGGAUCAGGUCGAGGGCCAGCAGUUCCGGCACCAACACUAGAUCCGUCUCUGCCGCGGUCUCUGACGAGAGCGUCGCAGGUGAUUCAGGUGUCUUCGAGGCGUGCAAUCGGAAAAGAUUGUCCGGGCCUAUCUCCGAUGUGGACCCAUUAGCUUCCGGCGAAAUGAGCCUAGAAACGGCGCAGGUGCAGAUUAAACUGAGGUAUUCGGUGAGCGACGGACUACUUCAUGUUGGGAUCGAACGCGCGAGAAAUCUGGCCGCGCUUUUCAUACCCGAAAACGCACAAGUGUACAUCAAAGCCGCCCUGCUGCCCAUGCAACCGCCCGUCAACCACACGUGUUGCACGAAAUCCGUCGUGGACCUGCGAAAGCCGACUUUCGGCGAAACUUUCCCGAUCGCCGUCCCGCUCAACAAAUUGUACACGAAAACGCUGCAAGUGACACUUUGGUGCACCGAGGCCGAGAAAUGUUUGGGUUCUGCGCAAGUCUCGCUGGCAGACUUCAGUCCAGAAUCUCCUAGUGUGAAAUGGUACAAUAUACUCUCCUUCCGCUUCAUGCAACCGUCCGACAAUCCCGGUACCAGUACCACCGGCGUCUCAACAAGCGUCAGACUGGCGAAGCACGACAAGCAGGAGUCAGAUAUUUCGGUGUAUAGGAGCGUGCAGAAUACGAAAGAAGAGAGUAGCGACGAAAGUACGAUAAUCAGUUCCCAAACGUCCACCUUGACGAGGAAUCAAGGCUGUGACGAGCUGCAGACAGCCGUAACGUUGAGGCUGGAAGAACUGAAUUGUCUACAUAGUCCGGAAGAGGAGGAUGAGGACGAUGGUAGUGAAAGCGGAAGCGAGGACAGCGACGAGGAAGGUAUCAUCGUGGAGUUUACGAUGGAAGAUAGGGAGGUUCUCGAGGAUGUUUUGGAGCACGAAGAAGAUGAAGAAUUGAACGAGGAAGAAACGAGGCAAACGCAGGACAAGGAAACAAACACUGAAUGCGUGUUUAUUCCGGAACAGGGCAAGCAAAGGAAACUCUCCGCAGCUGGUGUCGCACCCGGCGCUAUUCACGACGACAAGAACUCUAUUGUAAUCAAGAGGAGUCAAACGUUCUCGCCGAGUGCGGCCGUCAGCAGAAAUCAUUACAUCUGUCGGCUCAAUCGCAGCGACAGCGACAGCAGUAUGCCGCUUUAUCGCAGAGGUGGACCUUUUCAACGGAACUCGGUGGAGAGACGUUCUCUGCGAUGGCGUCGACCGUCCUCCGCUCUCAGUUACAAAACCACGAAGAAGUCGUCCCAUUUGCCACCGACAGCGAGGACGUCGUUGGAUCUCGAAUUAGAUCUCCAGGCGCAGCAUGCUAGACUGAACAAUCUCCAAGAUGAGCUUAGUAGGCUACGGGAAUUGAAGCAACGGCUGGAACAAGCACGUGAGAAAGGUGACACCGACCUGGCGACGUGGCUGCUGGAAGACCAGAAAUUUCAAAAUCUCAUAGCGCAAGCCGAAAGUGGCAGGAACGGCAAGAGCCUCGAGGAUAAGAAAGUGGAAAAGAUGCUGAAGAAAACUUCAAAAGAGAUCUACAAGUUGAGGAAAACGAAGGCUGGGAAGGGAAAGCCCGACAUAAUUUCUUUCAAAGAGAAGAUGGCCUUCUUUACGCGGAUAAAUCUGAACGUUCCUGUUCUGCCACCUGAGGAGCUCGUGACCGAAGGCACGUGUCCCGCGUCAUCGCACACCCACAGAAAGUACGCGUCGGAGCCAGUUGUCACCAGCACUCACGGUCUCGUGAAUUCGUCGACAACGCGGCCGAACAACGUUCCCGGCGGAAGUGCAUUGCCCGCCACGAAGAGCGGCGGUGUCGCGGAUCGAAAUGCCGCGAAUGUCGUCCCCAAUGAGGAGGAGGUCGCACUGUCCAACGCCGACGUGAACGCUAAAGGUCGACCGGCAACAGAGACGGGCGCGCGAAGUUCAGAGAACGGCGAGAGAGAGGAUUUACCGAAAUCUGCCGAGAAGAAUGGCAACGGGGAGCCGAAGAGGUACGAAUAUGUCGUUGACCGGGUCCUCGGUGUCGAAGUGAAGAUCAUGGAGUUGGGUAGCAAUGAGAGAUCACGGCACGAGCGGUGCAAGAAGGCACUGGAGGUCCGCGAAAACCCCCACGGCAAAUCUAAAUAUUUCUGCGAUCCGGACGAGAGGAUGCAGAAGCUGGAUGCAAGCAUCAAACAGAGGGACAAGUUGGCGCAGGAAUUGGUGGCUGUCAGGUCAGAUUUAGCUGGCAUCUCCAAGCUCAGGAGAAGCUUGGAAGCUGCGGAAUCUGAAACUCAAACGGGAUCAGGAGGAUCUCCAUACUUUGAAUAUAAGUUUCCCAAGCAUCAUCUGCAGUCAGACAAGUUCUCCAAGGAGAAGAUGGAGUUGGAGGCAAAGUUGGAUGAGAAAAGGAAAGAGGCUCAAGAGAAGCAAAAAAGAAUACUUGAACUGCAGGACAAGGUCAGGGAGUUCUCUCAGAUGGAAUCUCAGGUAGAGCAGAAAACACGGAGAUUGGAAACUUCCAACAAGGAGAGAGACAUACUGGAGAAAGAAUUGAUAGCUACAAGAUCAGAAUUGGCAGGCGUUAAAAGGACAUUAGAACUUGAGCGGCAAGAGAGGAGAGAUUUAGAAACUCGAGCGCUUGGAUUAAUAAGAGACGCUAAGCGCAAGUGGGAGAAUGCAGAGAAAGAUAAAAUUGCGCAAUUAAAUAAGCAUAUCGAAGCACAAACCACAAAAAUUACAGAACUAUGCACAAGUAACAAUGAAAUGAGUUCGCGUCUGCAGAGAACAGAGUGCGAACUGCAAACUGCAAAUGCAGAAUUGGAUAAGUUGCGUAUAUUUCAAACACAAUAUAAGGAAUCCUUGGCAAAGACGCGUGAGUUAAACAGACAAAGUGUUCAAGGCGUAGAAAUUAAGUUAGAAGAGAUGGCCACGCGCGCUCACACUCAACUGGCUGAUUUGCGAGCGAAAUUGGACUUUGAAGCGGCGAAGAACACAGAUCUCGAGACUAGAUUACGAAACGAGCAGGACUCAAACCACUGUCGCGAAUCAAGACUAAAUGUUGCUCUAGAACUUGCUCAAAACGAAUUAAGAGAUUGUCAGGAACAAUUGCGUACUAUACAAGCCACGUUACCGGCCAGAGACGCCGAGAUUGAAACUUUACGUAAACAAUUGCAAGAGAGAGCGAGACAGAUAGACGACUUGAAAACGUCGGAGCAAUUGCUCACAACUAUGCAAGAGCAAUUGGAAAGAAUGAAUCUUGAAAAUGAGCAAUUAAAGCAACAAUUGCAAGUCACCAAGUCGGAUCUAAAUGAAACCAUGAUAAAUUUGGAGCAAAGUGAGGCGCUUGCUGUAAAUUUGGAGCAAGCGGCGCAGGAUAAGGCCGUAUUGCAAAAGAGAUUACAGGACUCUUUGCAAAAGGAAGAGGACCAACUGCGCAAAGUUUGCAAUUUAGAGGAAUUGCUGAAACGUUUGGAACAUAGUGUUACGAAAUUGGAAGCAGAGAAUGCUACUCUUAAACAAUUGGAUGAAGUACCAUCUGCAAGUCGCGCAGCAAUUAUUGAAGCCGCUGAUACAAAGGUAUUUCAUGGACAAGAAGAAGUAGAGAAACUGAAACAGCAGCUUCAAACAUUAAGAGAAGACUUAAAAGAUGAAAAGCAAACGGCGAGACAAGCUCAGUUGGCUCUGUACAAAAAAGAAAAAGAAUUAUCAGAUGCUAAUUUAUAUAAACGUAUAGCAGAGAGAGAAGCCAAGCGAGCCGAGGAUAAAAUAAAAAUGCUACAAGAAGAUAAACAAAAGUUACAGGAAAAAUUAAGCGGUAAGGUAAGAGAGGAAGAGGAAAAUUCUAAGAAACUAUUGAAAGAAUUGAAUAUCGCGAAGACAUCAUUGAAUGAUAUUACAAAAGAGGCAUCGAGGAAUAAAAUGCAGGCUGAUUCAGCACAAAGGGCUUUGACCCAAGCUAAUCAUCAGAUCGAGGAAUUGCAAUCUUCUAGCGCGUCGUUACGUAGAGAAUUGGAUACGGCUCGUAAGCAAAUGCGAUCGAAUCAGGAGCGUGUCGAUAAUCUGAAUGCCGAAAACAGACGUUUGACACAGACAAUCGCUAGGCAUAACGAAGAAAAAACUGAACUUGAAUCUAAACUCGCAAAAUUAGAACAGGAUAUCAAGGGCUACGAAUUAAAUAUUGAGCUACUGAAGGAAACUUGUACAGUUCUAGAGGAACAGUUGACGGAUUACGAAAGAUUAACAAGUGAUCAUGAAACGCGCAAUAAUAUGCUGAUUCAAGUUAAAAUGAAGCUACAAAAAGACUUGGAAGCCGCCGAGACAAAAUUGCGUGAGGCGGAACUUGCGCAGAACGAGGAGAAAACACGAAGAAUGGUAGCCGAACGUAACAUCGAACAAUUGGAAUCUGAGACGAGUGACAUAGAAAGCGAGAGAGAUAGUCUUAUCGUACAAAGGGACCAGUAUAAGAAACUCGCUCGCGAGCUCACUAUUCAAGUAGAAGAAUUGACUACGAAGUGUGGUGAAAUGGAAUGUGAUCUCUCGGAACUGAGUCGUGCUCUAGAAGCCGCUAAAGGAGAAUCGAGAGUCGUGAAAGAAGAAAGCAGCGAAUACUUGACGAGAGUGCACGAAUUGAAAGAGGCGAAUUUUGGACUUAUGGCCGAUCUACAGAACAGCAUAGAUCAAGGUCAGGCACUGAGAUCAAGAAUAGCAGAGUUGAACGACGUCGUGGAAGAAAUGAGACAAUACUAUCAGGAAAGAGAGGUGAAGGCCGAAAGUACUCGGCAGCAACAAACUAAACUGAUUGAUUACUUGCAAUUGAAAUUGGAGGAAUGCAGUAAGAAGAAAAAAACUAUGUGCGACAAGAUACUCGGUGUGAAGCAAAAGGAGAAUGUGCCACCUGUGGGUAUGGGCAUGCCUGUGGGAUAUCGCGAAUUGGAAAAUCAACUCGCCAAAGAACGGGCGAAGGUGAAGACGUUGACGGAUCAGUUGUUAAUCCAGAAAGCUAGAACAGCCUCCGGAUCUGCAUCUGCACCUGCAUCUCCGACGACGCCAGAACGCGAUUGCAAGAAUGUGAAGAGUGUUACGCAGACCAGUAGUUCGUUACUUAGGCAGUUAUCUCCGCAGAGGAUAGGACACAACAUUCCGCAUAGAUAUAAUGUCGGAUGCACAGAUCGCAUAGAUAUGCGCGCCGGAAAGUGCACAGCGUGUUCAGAGGCUAUACAGUUCGGAAAACGUGCCGCGCUAACCUGCAGUGAGUGUCAAAUCAUGACGCACUUGGAAUGCAAGGAAUCUGUACCUGACAAUUGUGGUUUAUCGAGUGAUUUCCCUAAAUACUGUCGCAGGGAUAGCGAUGAGAGUUUAUCGUCGAUUGGAGAUAGCGUCCAGACUUUGGCGAUAGAUCAGCCAGACAAACCAGAUGCGGAUUUACAAAGUGCUCCUUGUAAAGAAAAAGAAGUUUCUAUGGAAGGAUGGGUACAAGUUCCCGAUAGAUCAAAAUUUAACUGGGAGAAGAAGUAUCUGAAGUUGGAAGGAUCGUGUCUGUGUGUCUACGACCAUCAGCCAUGUGCGGGAAUGGCACCGAUUAAUCGUUUAAAUUUAACAGAAAACAAUGGAUUUAAUGUUUCCGAGGUGGUACAGCAGCCCGUAUUAAAAACGAAAGAAUCCGACAUCCCAUAUAUCUUUAGAAUAGAAUCGAAUUCUGCGACGACUUGCUGGCCUUCGUUUAGAUUGGACGUCAUGGCACGGAGCCAGGCCGAUAAAAGAAACUGGCUUAAAACUUUAAAAACCGUUAUUGAUCAAAACUCGUAUUCUAUAUCCAACUGUAAAAAGUAUCAAACUGUACUCAGAUUAGAAAAACAUCAGUUGGAUUUGAACUGUGUUGUGGAUUUAGGCGUGGAAAAUGUGCUUUUGCUGGGUGCGAAAGAAGGCCUGUUUUCAUAUUGCGCCUCCAAAUCUCAGACACUCACUACGAUACGCGGUCUCAAGCAGAUACACCAACUUUCUUUACAUUCUUACCUAGAUCUGGCUUUAAUGAUAGCUGGUGAAUACAGGGAAUUAGUACACUGUAACUUAAGGGUACUAAAGAUUAACGCGGUGGCCGCCGAUUGUUCUAGACCGGCAAUCAGUACAAAGAGCGUAUUAUCUAACUCUGAUAAUUGCCAUCUUUACCAAUUACAAGGCGAUACACUAUGCGCCGCAACUACAUCUCAUGUGAUAUUAUUGAAAUGGAGAAAAGAUUCCGGGGAAUUUGUCGGGCUUCGUGAACUCGAUACACAGGAGCCUUGUAGCUGUGCUAUAUUUACUCCAAAUCUCCUUAUUGUAGGCUGUCAUAAGUUUUUACAGAUCGAUCUGCAAACUUAUGUCGUAAACGAAUUCCCAGAGGAAGACAAUAGUUCAGUUAAAGCGGCAAUAUCGGGCGCAGCUAAACUUAACAUAUUUCCUGUUUGUGUUCUGAAUAUAUCCAAUUCAUACGGCACGGUGGAGCUUUUAUUGUGUUACAACACAUUUGGUGUAUUUGUGGAUGAAAAUGGUAGAAGGACUCGUGCUGUUGAUCCAAUGUGGAAUCAUUUCCCAAUCGCUUUUGCAUUCUGCAAACCGUACUUAUUCAUUAUUCAUUUCUCGUCUGUCGAGAUUGUGAAACUCGAUGCGGAAGCGUACAGUUCUUCGGAAAAGAGUCUCGAACGUACUUUAAUCGAAUUAUCUAGUCCACGUUAUUUAGGUACAGCUUGUUCAAAAGGAAUUUAUGUGGCCACUAUUAAUUCUUACCUCGAAUUACUGAAGAUAGAUGGUUUUGUCGGUAUGCCAACAUUGAACGGCAGUUUGACAAGUCUCGACACACUAGGUCAAGAGGACGAAAGUAGCUCAGAAUUUAGUUUUACGUCAAGCUUAAUGGAGGCUUUAGACGGGCAAGGGAAAAAAGUACACUUCGCUGGAGUACACAAAUAUUAAAAUAGAUCUUGUAUAUGAACAUUUGAUUUAAUCUCAAAGUCUCUUGGCUUAGAAGUUAUCUCUUGGCUUAGAAGUUGUAUGCGUACGUUUAUAAAGCAGCAAUUACUAUGAAGAAAAACUAUGUCUGUAGAACAAACGAGUUUAAAGUGGAAUAGUAUCUAAUUUAUAAUUAGUUAUUGUGCUUCUUUAACAGAACAUAAACGCUUCAUUAAAAUAAAGGACAUAUAUGUUAUAUAUAUUUAUUUAAUGAAGAUCUCAGAUACUUGCCAUAUUACUAACCCUCUGAUCGUUAAAUUUUUCUUCUGUACGCGGUCAAUCUUGCUCUUAUUUAAUUUAUUGAUUUAUUAAUACAUAAAUAAAUUUGUUUACAUGAUAUUAUUAAAUGUACUUAUUGAUUUAUUUAUUUAUAAACGUUUUUAAGACGUUUGUAACUUGAUAUAUCAAACAGAAUGUCUUAAAUAUUGUCGAUGUGUAUUAAUAAAAUUUAUGUUGAAUAAAUUCAAUGCAUUGUAAACAAUCGGAGGGUUAAAGAUCAAAUAAUACGCGGUUUUUAUUCGUAUUAGAAUUUCAAAUUCAAAUGGUCGUAACAUUAAGCUUUAUUUUUUUCUUAAAGUACAAUCGCGAAAAAUAUAUAAGGCUAAGUUUUAUCUAUAAGUACGAAGCGUAACUGUACUUAUAUGAUUAUAUUAUGUAAAUUAAUAUUAAUACGA